AAAUAACGCCAUUAGCAGCACCACCAGCAGCAAUAGUAUCACCACCAACACUAACGUUCUUUCGUUGUAUGUCUCAGCAGGUCCCCACAACCGUUGGUCAAGCGGACCGAGUGACUGACCACAACUCUGCCACCAUGACGAGCACUCUGGAGGAACUGAAGACUGACCUGGACAGGUUUUUCCUGGUGGUCAUGGGCAUGAUCGUCUACCUAAUGCAAUGUGGCUUUGCCUUUCUGGAAGCGGGAAGCGUUCGAAGUAAAAACACAAGUAACAUCCUCAUCAAGAAUCUCCUGGACUCUUGUUGCAAUCUGUGCCGGAUGCAACGUGAUCCGGCCGUGGGGCGCAUGCGUGGUCGGCCUGGUGGCGGGAAUCUUCUUUAACUUCACCUCCUGGGCUAUGGUCAAGCUGAGGAUCGACGACCCAUUGGACGCUGUGGCUGUCCACUUCGGAGGUGGUUCCUGGGGCGUGUUGAGUGUGGCUCUUCUCAAGUACGUGGAGGACGACCCAGGCAAAGGACUACUCAUUGACUGGGACAGACAGGCUGGGCUGGUUGUGAAAGCGGAAGACAAGCCAACGGUUGGAAUUCAUAUGAAUCGGCUGAAGUCCACGCCAUGAAAGUCAUUGGAUUAGCGAGAGUUGAACAGGAGAACGGAAGGAUAGAAAGAAAAGAGGGAGGGAGAGAUUCCGAGCCCGGAACGACUGAACAAAAAAGAAUGAACUCUCUCAGUGAUCAUCAGAUGAGUGGGCAAGGAAAACCACCGAGUGGAACUCAAGUACAAUCCAACAGCACUGGUCAAGGUUAUGGAAGUCCUGCCAGUGGGACAGUGUUAGAGAAAACGACCUUGUAAACUUCUGUUGUGAACGUCUGCUCCCUC